AUGCCGCCGCGCUGUAGAAAUCCUAACCCGCCGGCGAUGCCGAAUGAGCAAUUCAUGGAAGCCAUGUACGCCACCUUCCAGGGGAUGGCUACUAGAGUCCAAAAUGAACGUCCCGCGGAGGACAUAAAACAGAACUACUUCCGUGAGUACAUGCGUAGUUCAAUUCCUGCAUUCACUAGCGCAGGUGGACCCGAGGAAGCUGAGUAUUGGUUCGAAUCGGUGUCUAAGCAUCUAAGUACCAUGGGAGUACCGGAUGAGUAUUGGGUGGAGUUCGCAGCUUUUAAGUUUGAAGGUCCUGUAGGUGCGUGGUGGAAGCAUAUCUGGCGAAUGCAAGAUGUAGAGGGGAUGACUUGGGAACAAUUCGAAGCUCUCUUUAAUGAGCAAUUCUUUCCCCAAAGUUAUCGAGAUGAAAAGGCCAUGGAAUUCAUGGGCCUACAACAAGGGGAAAUGACAGUGAGGGAAUACGAGGCUAGGUUCAAUGAACUGUCCCGUUUUGCUCCCUCCUUGAUUGAAUCGGAGCGCAUGAAGUGCUUAAAGUUUGAGAAAGGUCUUAAAGCAGCCAUCUCUGUUGAACAAGAGCACAUCACCUUCCUCCAGGAUCGAGCAGUUUCAGGGAAAACUUCAGGAGGACCUCAAAGGAAUAACAAAAAAAGCCGUGAUCAAGGGCAAGGUAGUGGGGGAGUGCCUAGUGGUAGCAGUGGCUCUUCGGGAAGUGGGAAGAGUGGACCCUAUAGCUUCAAGUGCCACCAUUGUGGGGAGCUAAGGCAUAUCAAGAGGAACUGUCCUAUCAAGGGCCAACUGGUGAACCAACAGACCCAGCAAUUACCGUAG